GAAAACGAACCAAUCGUGAGAGUCGGCGCGAAGUAUAAAGUUUCUACCGUGAUUCUCAUUAGACAUAGGUAUUCUUAGUCUUUCUCUAAGUGUUUGUCGUCGACCAUGGCUCGUACUAAGCAAACUGCGCGUAAAUCUACUGGCGGUAAAGCACCCCGUAAACAGCUUGCCACAAAAGCCGCCAGAAAGAGUGCUCCUGCAACUGGUGGUGUUAAGAAACCCCAUCGUUACAGGCCUGGAACUGUUGCCCUUCGUGAGAUUCGUCGCUACCAGAAGUCCACCGAACUGCUUAUCCGCAAACUGCCUUUCCAGCGUCUCGUGCGUGAAAUCGCCCAAGAUUUCAAGACCGACUUGCGUUUCCAGAGCUCAGCAGUGAUGGCUCUCCAAGAAGCCAGCGAAGCAUACCUUGUUGGUCUCUUUGAGGACACCAACCUGUGUGCAAUCCACGCAAAGCGAGUUACUAUUAUGCCGAAAGACAUCCAGCUCGCCCGCCGAAUUCGAGGGGAACGCGCUUAAGUGGGUUUAUCAUA